UUUAGCUGAGCCUGUAUUCUCACUCAAGGCAGUCUAUAAUGAAAACUUACAUGUACAUAGUAACAAUUGGAUCAUAAUCAUUAUUAAAAAUAGAAAAGCAUUUGUUAUUAGAAAUUACGUGCAUCAUUUGUACCACGUGUAGUCGAAAAAGGAAUCAUGCACACUCGAGUCUAAGCUAUCGUGUGCUAUGUACCACAUAAAUAUGUUGAUCCCUGCAACACGUUUUGUUGUUAAUUCGGUAAAAACACUGCGUACGUCGCACGCGUGUAGGUGCAAAUUCACGAAAAAUGUUUAUUCGUCAACGAGCAGAUUCAUGUCGGAUAGCAAAUCGAGUAACAUCGUUGAAAAACCAGAAGAAAACGAUCGGUCAGAGCAGAAAGACGAGCAUAACCCCUCGUCUGUCUUCGAUAGUAAAUACAAGGUAUUUCACGACGCAGAUUCGCAGGUAAUCUUUGACGUUAGCGAAGAAAAAAAACGAAUAGAUUUAGGAGACUUAAUCGAGGAACAAGCUGAAUAUGAUCCCUUUCAAGGAAUCAACUUAGAGCGAGGUGUAAAUGGAGUUUUUGAGCUGGAUGAUCUCAUUGAAUUAUUGAAGAAAGACAAUGCCAAACAAAUUUUUGUUGCUUCGGUUCCUCCAGAAUUAUCUUAUGUUGAUUACAUUGUUGUUGUGACGGGCAAAUCACCAAGACACAUUCAAGCCUUAGCAACAUUUGUACGCAAAAUAUUCAAACUCAAGAAACAUAAGACUGAUGUAUUACCAAAAAUUGAGGGAGAAAAGUCAAAAGAAUGGCAGGCAUUGGACUUAGGAAAUAUUGCCCUACAUAUUUUCUCUGCAGAAGAAAGAGUGAAAUAUGAUUUAGAAACACUUUGGUCGGUAGGAUCUCAGUAUGAUGAUUUGAGCAAUGCCAAGGAUGAUGAGUCAGAUAUCAUGCAAAGAUAUAACGCCUUCUUAAAAGACUUUCAACCAGCAGAAUAAAUGUGUUGUACUGACACUAGAUUAUGCAUGUAAAUAUUUUGUAAAUGUACUAGGAAGUUGUAAAUAUUUCAUAAAUUAAAAUAACAUUUUUCAACAAAAAGUCAAGGAGCAAGUUGUUUCUGCAUGAGUAAAAUGUUAACUGAACUAACAUGUGUAUAAAAAUGCUUAAUAUCUGCCUAAUCUAAAAUUUAUUGAAUUAAAACAUAAACAGGCUCCUAAAUUUUAUGAAA